AAUGCAGCACCUGAUAAAUGAAGAUCCUCAUCAUCCAGUGGAGAAGAAGGAGUUCAGAGAGGCGCCUCCGCCCAAAGUCAACCCGUGGACCAAGAAGCUCAACUCGGUGACGGUGAACGGACAGACCGCUCCCGAGCAAACUGGACCAGCAAAAGUGGUGAGAGCAGGAAACCCCCGGUCCAGGAGAGGAGGAAAGGUGACACACACACACACACACCUCUACAUUCAUGGCUGUGUUGGAGAUUUUGGCGAUGCCACUAACUGGCCGACACCCGGCGAAAUUGCCACCAAGGAAGUGCAGGGGUGUAAGAAGGCCUCAGUAAAAAAGGAGUCUAAAGAGAAGAGGGACAGUGAGGAGACUAAAGAGAACCAGAAGACCAAAUCAGAUGAUUCAGGAGAGGAGAAGAACAGAGAGGAAGAUGCGCACAAAAACAGCAGUAAAGUAGAGUUAGAAUGUGAUUAUAUAUAUUUAAUAAAAUGAAAUGUAGUUGUAGCAGUUUCAUAAUUUAAUCCAUUCUGAUCACAUGGAGUUUGUUUACUAACCAAUCACACAACAUUCACCUGGUGUUGACCUGCUGCUCAUCUCACCACGCCCUUCAUCUGGCCACACCCACUCAUCUCCCUGCAGCAUUCACCUUGCCCUGCCUAUCUGUAUCUUUGCAUCAUUCAUCUGACCACACCCAUUUACCUUUGUAGCAUCCACCUGGCACCGCCCCUUAUCUUCCUGCAGCAUCCACCUGGCACCGCCCCUUGCCUGGGUAACUCCACACUGGUGAUGAUGGUUUUGUAUAGAAGGCAGAUUGAAACAGAUUGAUGUGUGAUGUGAUAUGAGAGUAAAUGAAUCCUCUACUCUGAUCUCUGCUUCACUGGAGUUUUAUACACUUCAUGAUAUUUCUAAUGGAAUGAAGUUUUACUUUUUGCCAGAAACAUUAAAUUA